AGUGCGAGAGCAGUUGAAAAAAGACGGCCACUUUCCCAAACUCAUAACACAACGCGCUUACGGCCACUCCUCCUGCAUCCCUCUCCGUCAAUUCUCUGGCUCUGGUAUUGAAACUAUUUGCAGAGUUGAAGAACGAAUUUGAUUGAGUUUUCAAGUUUGAUCUGAUCGAAUCAAACAUGUUUAAUCGGAUUCUGGGAAAACCUAAGCAACCGUCUAAUAAUGCUCUCACCACUCUCGACAAAUUAAACGAGACUCUUGAGAUGCUAGAGAAGAAGGAAAAUUUGCUUCAAAAGAAGGCAUCUGCAGAGGUGGAGAAGGCCAAAGCAUAUACAAAAGCGAAGAACAAAAGAGCGGCAAUACAGUGCUUGAAGAGAAAAAAACUAUAUGAAGAACAGAUGGGGCAGCUAGCAAAUUUCCAGCUGCGCGUCCAUGAUCAGAUGAUAUUGCUAGAAGGUGCGAAAGCUACUACAGAUACUGUGGAUGCAUUAAGAAGUGGAGCAGCUGCUAUGAAAGCAAUGCAGAAAGCCACGAACAUCGAUGAUGUGGACAAGACAAUGGAUGAUAUAAAUGAACAAACUGAAAACAUGAAGCAGAUACAAGAGGCAUUGGCUACACCUAUUGGCUCAGCUGCUGACUUUGAUGAGGAUGAGUUAGAAGCUGAACUAGAAGAAUUGGAAGGUGCAGAGCUGGAGGAACAGCUUCUUGAGCCUGCAAGCACAGCCCCUGCUGCUCCGGUGCAGGCUCCAGCUGGCAGAGUUCCUGCUCGGCCCGCACCUCAGAGACGUACUGAGGAAGAAGACGAGCUUGCUGCUUUACAGGCAGAAAUGGCACUUUAAGCACUUUGCUAUCCAUUAUCAAACAGGUAACUCUGUCCACUAAAAUUACUGUAUUUAGUAGUCAAUCUGUCACUCUACCUAGAAAUGAAACACGGCCAUUUGGAUUUUGAAACUGGCCGGAAAUUGUAGCUCUAAUCUUAUCUAUACUGUAUAUAUUAUACGUUCCAUACUUCUGUAUGAUCUCAUUCUCGCCAGGAUGUAACAUGAAAUAAGUGUUAGAAGUAGUCCAGUUUAUUUGAUCGUUGUAAGCCACCAGAGUGAAUAAAGAUUCUUCCUUUUCCUUUCUCUUA